UCAGAAGCCUUUGGCUGCGUAGUAUCAGGGCAAAAGGUCUUUGCCAGCUGAACUGGUCUUCUGAGUGGGGCAGCUUAUAAAUGUGUUAAAUAAAUACAGCUUUUCAUCAGAAAUUCCAACCAUCUUGCCAGAAAGUGAGAUUAUUUACACAUGAACAGGAAGUAGGAAACCUUUGAAAGGAAAGGAAAGAACCAUUCAGCCUCUAUUAUUUCCUGCAUCCUCUGACCUCCUCUACGCUGAACUAUCUAAAGCAGGAGGAGAAGCCAAUAGGAGCCUCAUUAAUUUUCAGGCAAACGUGGCGGCCCUCCAGCGUGGUCCCCCCACUGGCAGGGAUGGCGAAGCCCAAGACCCCUGGCCACGUUCCCUGUGCUCAGCUGAUGGACCAAGCGGGAGGCACUGCUCAGAUGCCCCUAACUGCAUGCUUGGAUAAACAAACCAACGUUGGAUUCACUGGGCAUGAACAACAGUCAGACCAUCCCUGCUCAGCCCAGGGGCCUAACUGCCUGAUGGCUCCGAAGGAAGAAGGGCUCUAGGGGGCAGGAAGGGGGUCUGCCCGGAGGCCGCGUGCGGCAGCCUAUGGGCAAGGGAUGUGGAGCAGGGAACUCAUCUGCAACCGCCUUUUCAUUGGGUCAUCGCAAUGAGUUCUGUUCUGAGCCAGCCAGAAUGCGAAGCACCUGAAGCAGGACUGCAGCAUUUGGGGCGGGCAGCUGGCAGGCUUUGGUGAUACCCGGACUCUGUUGGGAGAGGCAUCGUGGCCCCAAAGUGCAAAUGCACUCAAAAGUGAUGCUGAAGGGGUUAGAAUUUGUCUCGAUGCAAAUGAGGUCGGUAUCUCAGGGUCUGCAAGCUUCCUUUUGAAAUGGUACUUCCAGUAGCCAGGGCAGUGUGUGACAUUUGAUUGGAAUAGCAGAUAUGUUCAUAGAAGGGAUAGAAGCCUCAUGCCAAACUUUCAGCUGAAAGCAGGGAAAAGAUUUAGAGAUGGUAUUUUAGGUGGUGGAUGUUUACCGUUUCCUUACCACCAUGAGUACCAACGGUGUUACUCUAAUGCUUCUGUUACCACUAGUAAGAAUAACCCUGAAGAUCUUAAUUACACAUUAGCAGGCAAGCAAGUUUAAAAAUGGCAAACCUCCUUGAAACAAGUUGGGUUAAUUAACUGGCAAAUCCACCAUGGCCAAAAUAGCCCAGGAUGAAGAGGGUCUGAUGCCGCUCCGGAGGUCCGCUGCUCUAUCGCUCGCUGGAAGCACAGGGGCAGGAAUUCUUGUGAGAGGACUUGUGCCUGCGUGUCGGAAGAAAUGCUAGUUUCAGAAUACUUGUCCUCUUUUUAUUUCUAUCCAGAUGAGAUUGACCAGCAAACCCCAUUCCAUCACUGAGUCUUUUUUUUUUUUUUUAAUUGAGCAAAAGCCUCAGUUGGACGUUCCACUCACCCACUCAGCACCAGCAUGAAGAGCUGCAGGUCCACUUCUGGGCAGAGGUCAAAUUGCUGCCCAAGAACCCAAGCCAUUGUGGAAGGAAUCACAAAGCAGUGUUGAUGGCAAAGUGAUGAGGGGGCAGCAGGAGGACCUCAGGAUGGCCUUGGCAGACAGCGCAAGUGGUGCCCGACUCAGGGAGGAAUCAGCUUUCCCAGAGAUUGUCGAGCUGAAUGUGGGCGGGCAGGUCUACCUCACCCGUCACAGCACGCUGGUCAGCAUCCCCGGCUCCUUCCUCUGGGAACUCUUCACCCAGCAGAGCGCCCAAUCCCUGGCCCGGGACAGCAAAGGCCGGUUCUUCGUGGACCGGGACGGCUUCCUCUUCCGCUACAUCCUGGACUUCCUGAGGGACCGGCAGCUGGUGCUCCCAGAGCACUUCCCUGAGCGGAGCCGCCUGCAGCGGGAGGCCGAGUUCUUCAAGCUGCCCGAGCUGGCCAAGGGCCUGGCCCCGAAGGUCAGCGAGCGGAACUCCCUGGGAGAGGAGCCCUGCCCCAGCGACCCCGAGGAGCUCUCCCCCAGCACAGAUGCCCUGCGCACCCUGGGAGCUGCCAGCGCAGCCUUGGCCAGCCUCCCCGGCGGCUCCAUCGCCUCUGCAGCCGGGGGCGGCGUAGGGCAGGAGGCCCGGCGGUCGGGUUUCAUUACUGUGGGCUACCGGGGCUCCUACACCUUGGGGAGAGACAGCCAAGCGGACGCCAAGUUCCGCCGGGUGGCGAGGAUCAUGGUGUGUGGGAAGACCUCCCUGGCCAAGGAAGUCUUUGGGGAGACCCUCAACGAGAGCAGGGACCCCGACCGGCCCCCCGAGCGCUACACCUCCAGGUACUACCUCAAAUUCACCUUCCUGGAGCAGGCCUUUGACAGACUGGCCGACUCCGGCUUCCACAUGGUGGCGUGCAACUCCACCGGGACCUGCGCCUUUGCUCACGAACAGACGGAUGACAAGAUCUGGACCUCGUACACUGAGUAUGUUUUCUACCGCGAGUGACCCUUCAGCCCAAACAAAACCCAAAGGCACCGAGACCCAGUGAUCCUCCAUGCUUUGCUGCCACUGCUGCCGCCCCCGCCACCGUUUUCAUUCGACACCCUCAAACCUUAAGUCCCUUUCCUUCCACGUUUCCAACCUGAACCCCAGCAGCUCCUGAGUGACACCAACCCUUCUUCCCCACAGUAGCUCGCAGCCACCUGGAUCGCGAACUCAGCUGCUGCUGUAGGAGGGGGACAACUUUCCUGGG